GAAUAUAUUUUUACAAGUUUUUACGCAUUUUUUACGACAUUUUAGACGUAUUUUUGCAUGAAACGACGUCACGAUGACCGGAUCACAGAACACGCCCGAAGAUCCGUGUCAGGAUAUGCAGGAAAUGGUGAUUUGCAAGGAUAAAAGUCCGAGUCCCAGUCGUGGAGGCGACGUUGAAACCCCGCGAAGUGAAAUUCAGAAACGCAAAAUGCUGUUGCAGGAAUAUCGGAGCAGUCCGUCGGCUAUGGCACGCAUGAAAGCACUCAAGAUGAUGAAGGAGAAAAACAACGAACCAGACCUCUACAGAGACGAAUUGGAUCUCGUCACCGCCGACGAACGCGCCGCUGCCGAACGUGAAAUAACUCUAGAAGAGCUUUUCCAGGGAAUUUGUCUCUUUGUCGACGUUCGCACCGCCGAAGACAAUCGUUCUGCCGGAAUCCAGCAAUUUUUAAAGUCGCGCGGCAUCAAAGUCACCACAGACUUGUCGGAAGCCACACACAUCAUCUUCAAAGAUGGCUUGAAAAGUACCUUUGCGAAAGGUAAAGAGCUCAAUUUGCCAUUUGUGUCACUUUUGUGGAUCGAUGCCUGUCGAAAAUUCAAAUCUCUCGUCGAUUACAAGAAUUAUCCGGUAUUUGGCAUCGAAAAAUACGAAGAUCCAAUUUUGUGCAAGAAAAUUAAGCGAAAGCGAUCGAUGCAACCAGCGACAGAAUUCGUCUUACGUACUCCAAAACGCCGGCGUCGCCCAAAAACGGUAAAAGUUCACGUGGAAAAGCCCCAAAUUGAGAUCCAAACACCCGUUCGAGACGGAAACUGUACGAUUCGUACACCAAAAACGAUCGAAAUAUCGGUAAGGGCAACGAGUCAUGCACGUGUCACGUCGAGUACGACGAAAAAUGGCGAGACAAUGUACUAUAGCAGCGACGAGAUGGAAGUUUGUAACGAGAAACACGAAGUUUUCACGUGUCCAACGCCGUUGACGCGCAAAAAUGCAAGACGCGAGACCCGGAUGACCUUAGAAGCGAUGGCUGUUGAUACGCCAAAGUCCGUUCCGAAGAAGAAUGAUGCCGAUUAUGAACGAAUUACGAAAAAUUUCAUGGAAUCGAUGGCUUUGGAGACUCCGAGACGAUUGGAUUUUGAUGAAAUUGAGAGAAAUGAGACUGAAAAACAGCAAAAAACGAUAAUUAAUGCUGAAGAAAUCGUUCCUGAGACACCAAAACAGACUUUGACAGUAGAAGAUCAAUCCAUGAGAUGCCAAACUCCGCUCCAAAACGAACCAAUAAUCGAAAAACCGAUUUUUACUCCUGAAAAAUCGCGAUUCACACGAACUCCAGUCCAUCCGAUGACAGAAAAUGCCCCGAAAAUCGUCCUCCAAGAGCUAAAAGAGGUUCAAGCGUUCGUCAAAGGUCCCAUUAACUCGACACGGUACUCUUCGGCAUUGCAUGAAGUCCAUUUCGAUACCGACGACAUCUCAGAAAUCGUACUUGAGAAGCCUCCUCUUGCUCUGAGACCAUCCCAACCAACGCCAGUCAUCGCUUUUCCCGAUACGCCAUCCCAAACGACCUCCACGAAGCAGAAAAAGAAGUCAAAAACUCCCGUGAUGGAACAAACGAAGCACAUUCCGAAGCCGCGUCGCAAACGAAAACUCUUCAAUCCGAAUCUCACGCCUCAAGUUGAAGUCCCGAACGACAACGAGCCCGAAAUUGUUCCUCCGACACCGAAAUUACCGUCGCCGAGUCCCGUAAAACCCUCAAAAAAUGUCGAUUUAACAGCAGAAAGUGCCACACAACCCCCGGCAUCGACGCAAAAAUUCACUCAAAGCUCCCAAAAGCCGCGACGUCGUGUCUUUGUUGCCACGGGCUUGGGCGAAGAAGGACGUCGCUUGCUCAAGCAAUGCGUCAAAAAGUUAAAUUCCAAACGUGAGCCUUGCGAAAUCCAAAGUUUCGUCGAUUCCCGUGCCACGCACUUGAUAAUGCAAGAACCGUACGCGAAAACGCAAAAAUUGUUGCUUUCCAUCAUCAACGGGAUUUGGGUGUUGAAUUUGAAUUUCGUCAAAGCCUCGUUGGAAUGCAGUCAAUGGCUUUGCGAAGAACCGUUUGAGGUCAAAACUUUCCUGCCGGGCAUUUGUUUGUCACGCGCCGAGCGAGAAAUCUUCGGAGAAUCGUAUAGCAUGAGAUUAUUUUCGAAACAAAAGUUUUUUGUGGCAAACCAACUGAAUGCUGGGCCCGAGGAGAUUCGGGAAUUCAUCAAGUUGUGUGGAGGAAUCGUCGUGACCGACACAAAAGACGCAACUUAUCAAGUUCGCGAUGAAUUAUGUGAAGAAGAACCGUUUGAAGGGCAAGUUUUGGCAACUUGGGUUACUGACAGCAUUGGAGCGGGUCAUCGGAAGAACGUGAAAAAUUAUUUGUUGGCGAAGCAAUUUAGUCAGACACUGAGUUCACAACAUUUGAUAGAAUAAUUUACUUUUUUUUGUUUUUGAUACAAAAAUUUAUAUUUAUUUUUUUAAAUAUUAUU